GGCUGUCACAGAUCCCAGGGACGGUAGGAGAGUAGCGUUAAAGAAGUUACCAAAUGUGUUCCAGUCGCUAGUGUCAUCGAAGCGGGUGUUUCGUGAAUUGAAAAUGCUCUGUUUUUUCAAACACGAAAAUGUUCUGUCAGCCUUGGAUAUUCUUCAACCUCCGCACAUAGAUUUUUUUCAAGAAAUGUAUCCUUUUGCGUACAAUGCAAUGAUCACGUACUCGAUACGAGUUACGAAAUCGGUAACGAUGCUCUUAAUCUACUUACUAAGGGCUGUCACAGAUCCCAGGGACGGUAGGAGAGUAGCGUUAAAGAAGUUACCAAAUGUGUUCCAGUCGCUAGUGUCAUCGAAGCGGGUGUUUCGUGAAUUGAAAAUGCUCUGUUUUUUCAAACACGAAAAUGUUCUGUCAGCCUUGGAUAUUCUUCAACCUCCGCACAUAGAUUUUUUUCAAGAAAUGUAUCCUUUUGCGUACAAUGCAAUGAUCACGUACUCGAUACGAGUUACGAAAUCGGUAACGAUGCUCUUAAUCUACUUACUAAGGUAGGAAAUCUUUAUCUCUCUUUUUCCUUCUAUUCAUGUUUGCUGGAAAAAACUUCGAUCAUUCCUUCACUAAUUAAUUAAUUAGUUAAUAUUGCGUAUAACUUUUGUGGGGUUGCCUAAAUGUCAAGGGUCAAUAAUUAGAAGACGAAUCCUCUCAUCGGUAAAGUUUUACUCAUAUCUUAUUACUAAUAAUAUCUCCGUUUAGUCAUUGAUGUAGGUAUUAAAUAUAAAUGAACG